CUCAUGGCUCACACUACGUUCUCCCACUGCCUCUUUGCCUUCAAGAGCAUGGGGCAGGCUAAGAGGCAAGUCUGUCUGACUCCAGACGCAUUGAAAUACUUGUAUGGAUCUGUAUUUUGGAACACACCAUGGUUACACUGAUGAGCUCCAUUCCUUUACCUUGGUGAACCACCUUUAAGUGUUGUAGAUUCUACACCCAGCAAGAAGAACAGACUAACUGAACUAACUUUGCUUUUAAACAUGCCAACCUAAGCUAAUUCAAGGAAGCCUGGAGAAUUUCCAAGAAGAUCUACAAGAGGAGUUUCGGUAUAUCUCUGGCAGUAAUGGGCACAGAAAACCAAACCUGUACUGAAAGUCUGAGCGUGGAGCAGAACGGUGGCCCGGCCAUCAGCGCGAUGAUGUUUGCAGCUGGAGUUCUUGGGAAUCUGGUUGCAUUGGUUCUCCUGGAGUUCCGCAGGAGGAAAGAGAAGAACCGGCAGCGACAGUCUCUGUUCCACUUGCUGGUGACCACUCUGGUCAUUACAGAUCUAAUGGGAACCUGCUCGAUCAGUCCCCUGGUGCAGACUGCAUAUUUAACCAACACCACACUAGUUGGGAUGAGUGAGACACGUGCGGUGUGUGAAUAUUUUGGAUUUGCCAUGACUUUCUUCAGUCUGGCGACGCUCUCCAUCCUCCUCGCAAUGGCACUGGAGCGGUGCCUCUCCAUCGGUUACCCAUACCACUACGGGAGGCACGUCACCAAACGCUGCGGAUACAUCACCAUCCCUUGCAUUUAUCUAGCCUGCUUUAUAUUUUGCUUAAUGCCAUUUGCAGGCUUUGGGAAAUAUGUGCAAUACUGUCCUGGGACAUGGUGCUUUAUUGCCAUGAAUCCAGAGGGGAUGGAGGAUCGGGUUUAUGCCAAUGUUUAUGCCACUGUGAUGCUGCUUAUUGUUAUAGUUACAGUGGCAUGCAACUGUUUUGUAGUUUACCAUCUGGUGUUAAUGUACCGGAGGCGCAAAGUGAACAGAGGGUCAGUGCAGACCCGGAGUAAAAGGGACAGGAGGUACUUCUCAUGGGCAGAGGAGGUGGAACAUCUCAUUCUCCUGGUCUUCAUGACAGUCAUAUUUGUCAUUUGUUCCCUGCCAUUAAUGAUCCGUGUGUACAUCAACUCCAUGGGAAAGCCACAAGGCAGCAAGAAUACUGAUCUCAUAGCGCUGCGGUUCCUCUCGGUCAACUCCAUCAUCGACCCCUGGGUGUUCAUCAUCCUCAGCCCCUCGGUUCUGCGCUUCAUGUGGGGGGCGCUGUGCAAGACCGGCUUCAUGCCCUCCAGAAACUCCCUGUUCAAAACAUCCAUUUCCAAAAACCCAACCCACUUCCACCUAUGUGGAGACCACACACCUCAAGUCAACCGUUCAUAUGUUCUGACUUGA